GCCCGCACUUUCAAAUUUCGGUUUCUUCAACACAGGUGCGUCGAGCCGUUAAACGACGUCCACCGCAACAGCCACAAUCAACAUGGCUUACUCAAAAGGCAACGUGCCCGCGUUGGACGACGAUGAUAUCGAGGAGGAGCUCGUUCAGGAUUAUCGCGAGCAGAUAACAUUUGCGGAUCAAAACGGCGAAGUCGACCUUGAACGAACCGACUCGAUACCCGGCGGUCCUACAGAUCUUCGCGCUCAGCUCGAAGCGGCGGCUGCACCUCUCGAAUAUCAAGCCUCACUCGAGACGAAAUUCGCGUCAUAUGACAACUACUGCUCCCUGUUCCACUAUAUCCUCAACUCGGAUGGACCCGUUGAGAUCGAGCAACCAUCAUACUACUGGGCUUGGGAUGUGAUUGACGAGUUCAUUUACCAAUUCGAAUCCUUCUGCAGAUACAGAAACCGAGUCGCAAGAACCGCGCCAAAUGAGGAGGAGGCACAAGUCUUGCGAGAGAACCCGAACACUUGGGGCUGCUAUUCCGUUUUGAACGUCCUCUACUCCCUCAUUCAACGUUCUCAAAUCAAUGAGCAACUAGCAGCAACAAAGAGAGGCGAAGAUCCAAAUACAGUGGCCGGCGAAUACGGCUCCCGACCACUUUACCGCAUGCUAGGCUACUUCUCCAUCAUCGGCCUAUUGCGUGUGCACUGCUUGUUGGGCGACUUCAGCUUGGCUCUCAAGACCUUGGAUGACAUCGAGAUGAACAAGAAAGCCAUGUUCGCUCGGGUCAUGGCCGCCCACCUCAACACCUACUACUAUGUCGGCUUUUCGUACAUGAUGCUCCGUCGCUACGCCGAUGCUGUCCGCAUGUUCAGCCACAUCCUUGUGUACGUCUCGCGAACCAAGAACUUCCAGAAGGGCAACCAGCAAUUUGACGCCAUCGCCAAGAAGACGGAGCAGAUGUACGCCCUGAUUGCCAUCUGCGUGUCCUUCGCCCCAACUCGUCUCGACGAUACCAUUCACACUGCUCUGCGCGAGAAGUACGGCGAGAAGUUUGCUAAGCUCCAGCGUGGUGGACCCGACUCCCUGCCCAUCUACAAGGAACUCUUCCAAUCUGCUUGCCCCAAAUUCAUCAACCCAACACCACCUGAUUUCGACAACCCGUCGCUCAACAUUGAUCCAGUCGAGCACCACACCGACAUCUUCAUGGAUGAGGUCAAGAACACCCUGUACAACCCUACCGUCAAGUCCUACCUGAAACUCUACACUACGAUGGAUCUGAAGAAGCUCUCCAGCUUCCUCGAGGUAGAGCCCGAGAAGCUGCGCAGUUGGUUGCUGGUCAACAAGCAGCGAAGCAGACAGAUUCGAUGGACUGAAGGUGGUUUGUUGGACGGUGAGACUGUUAAUGGCAGUGAACUCGACUACGCCAUCGAAGGUGACUUGAUCCACAUUAGCGAGGCCAAGCAGGGACGCAGACUGGUGGAUUGGUAUCUGAGGAACUUGGCUCGUUCUUACUAGUAUUUCGAAUGAUGCCAAACGACAGAGUCAGACGCAUUCUUUCGAGGGUGCGAUGCCACGAUUGCUGCGGGCUUGUCGCGGCGUCGACUAUGGUCGAAUAUGGACGCAACAAAAGUUAGCGCUGAUUCAUGGAUUGUGUGCAUAGGCACACCUUUGCCUGACGGCAAGAUGCCUGGACGUGUUCCGAGCAUUGUAGAAUUUGCACAGGGCGAAGAAGUGCCGGG